AUGGGACAGCAACAAGCCGGCUCCCUCGUGUGGUCCAGGAAGAACGCUAGUCAGCAAGUGUGCUACGACAGCAAAGUCAAGUUCGCCAUGAGCCACGCUGACAGACCCUCGCGUGAUGGAAUCGUGGCAACACCGCGCGACGGAGCGUCGCCGCGCCAGCCGGACAACCCCGCCCCCGCAUUCCUGCCCGCUCAGUACCCCUCCCCUCCUCCGCCCGAGACCACCCCUCAGCCCGCACAGUACUCUGAGGGGCCGGAAGUAGACUGGACGCCGCCACGAUUGUACCACAUGACACAGCACGCAUCGCCGCUUCCACACAUGGCCAGCCACCACGCCGCUGUCGCGGCCAAGAUGCCGCCCACUUUAAGAACAACCGAAAAACCCGUCCGCACCUCGUCGCCGCCCCCGACGCCGUCGCCGCCCCCGACGCCGACGCCGCCCCUGCCAUAUGGGGCGGAGACGACAUCACCACAGGUAGAGGAAGGCACGCCCAUCCAGCCCCUGUGGCACCGAGGCGGACUUGACAGCCACGACGACGCCGCCGACGCCGCCCCUAACUGCCGUGAAGGCUCACGGGGGGUGGGCGCGAUGCAAACCGGCCGUGCUCCCACUCGCGCCGCAGAAGGCGCCAUACCGUCGCCUGCCGCGGAGGGCGCCACCACGCGCGCCUCCUUGGGCGCCGCCACGCCGCCGCUGCCCACCUCGGCCGCAGCUGACGCUGACGCACAGGUAGAGGAAGGCACGCCCAUCCAGCCCCUGUGGUACAAUUGGCACGCGGGGAUCGGGUGGACACAUCAGGACGACGCGGACGCGCCGCCUCCGACGCCGCCCCCUGUUGCUGCCUAG